AUGGAGGCGUCAGCGAAUCGUCUUUCCACCAUCUGGGAGCGCACCGCGACUGACCCGCUUGACAUUCCAAAGGUUCCGAACGGUCUAUGGAUGGACAACAACUCGCCAUGGUCAUCUCCGUCGGGUUCUCCAAAAUUUAGCUUCUGUUCGACUGUUUGCGUGCGUGACUGCCAUCUAACAUACGUACAAGGAAUGAAUACCUCCAAGGACUUCGCCUCCAGGUCAUGUUCAUAUCCAUCUCCGAUGUCAUCGGCUCUUCCGACUGGGUCUAUGAAAUAUCAAGUCCAACCGCCUCCAUCAAAGGUGAAGCCGGAAUACGCCAAAUCACUCCAGAAGGGCUCGCUGGAUAACUGGUGCACUCUCGAAAAGGAGCUGGAGGCGUGGGAGAAACGAGCAUGUUCCGGCCGGGCAACCAUUCCACGCUCGCAGUUGAUAGCCUUUGGCGAUCUCGUACGGCGUCUCCGGGCCACAGUGCGGCGUAAAUGUGAAGAGGGGCUUGAUUUGUGUGCCUUCUGUCGCAACAACGGCGAACACUUUAAUGUCUACAUCACACAUAAGGUUCGAGAUGCCAGUGGGCGUGUUACAUGCCCCGUCUUACGACUACUUUCUUGUCCCCUGUGCAAGUCCACAGGCGACGCAGCACACACAAUCAAGUACUGUCCUCUCAACCGCAAGGAGAGCCACCUUCGGUCCGUGGUUCGCUCGACUCCUGAGUCGCCUGCCUUACCUAGCUGGAGGACAUCGGAUCCUAUGGACAUUUCUACCGUUCCGGGGAGUUCCAGUUGUACGGUGGAGUCAUCAUGGUCACCACUAUCUUGUUCACUCGGCUCGACGUCAACCAGUAGUCUCUCGGCCGAAUGGGACGGAAGUUCUGUCGCCACGCUACUUGCACGCCUGAGUAUUUCGCCAACGAAUCACACAGCUGUAACAAAUGUGUAUGACAGCUUGUCUGCGGAUUGCGGUUUAAUGCACGGCCUUGGAAAAACCACAGGUGGUAGCAGUCCCGAACGUCGAUUGUUCGUCGAACGGCCCACUGGUCGUCCAGAACCCAUAUCCCGUAAACCUACUCAGCAAAAAUCGCUUACCAAGUGGACCGAGUUAGACAACGAGCUGGAACUGUGGGAAAGACACCUUUCUGUAUUGGGAUGCGGCGGAAGAAGGAUUUCACAGUCGCAACUUGCCGGUCUGAGUAACUUCGUGCGACGCCUUCGAGUCGCAGUACGGCACAAAAAGGAAGAGGGGAUCGACCUAUGUGCCUUUUGUCGGAACAAUGGCGAACCCUUCGAAAUCUACGUUACGCACAAGGUGAAGGACUCAACCGGACGUGUACUGUGCCCAGUCUUGCGCCUACUGUCCUGCCCUCUAUGCAAGUCGACAGGUGAUUUGGCCCACACGAUCAAGUACUGUCCGUACCGGUUCAUGGAACACUGUUGA